AAAUUUGAACAGGCAGAUAACGCUCUAUUAAAUUGCAUGCAUUGGACUGAAUUUAUUAAAUUGCUAAUUCAAUGUUCGCCAUCAUUACAGUGUUUUGGGACAUUACGUCACGUUUUAUCUUAUCCAUCACACAGUUCUGAUUGGCUUUUUUCAAACUAAUAAUAGUCCCAUCUGCUUUGUCUUGAUUCGUUCCUCAACUCCAUUGUUUUAGGAGGUUCAUGUUUUGUAUGCUCUGGUUUUGAUUCUUGCUCACGGAAAUUUUCGGAUAUAUUAUUUUCUAUUGGUAACCCGCUGUAGGUAUUGAUACCCACUGUUUCUCCGCGGCAGUUUGGAGGACUUUUUAAGCAUUUUGAGGCUUGCAUUGGAGAUUAUCUUUGAUUCAUUCAGACUGUAAAAAUCUGGUAGAUCUGGGCUUUUUUAGCAGUUGGGUUUGGAAUCGAUUAUGGCUGUUGCAGUUGGAAAGGUUGUGGGUGCCAGUUGGAAUUCCAAUCCCAUGUUUGGAAGAAAAGAUGGGGAAGACAAAAAAUUGUGUCCCAGAAGAAAUAUUAGGGCAAUGGCGUCUGUUAGUUGUGGGAAGCUGAAAGAGGAGUAUAAGUUACUUAGAUUGAAACCCAGUGCCAGCGAAAAGGAUGUCAAGAAAGCUUAUCGACAGCUUGCCUUGGAGUAUCAUCCUGAUGUCUGUAAAAGAGAGAAUUGUGGAGUAACGUUUCACAAGAUCAAUGAGGCCUAUCAGAUUGUGAUGUCUACUCUGAUGGAGGUAAAUAAGGAAGAAGAGUACUAUGCUGAUGAUGGUUACAUGGGCUUCGAUGAAUGGGAAGAUUGGAUGGGAUUUGAAGGUGGUUGUCCAAGCAGAGAUUAUUCCAAUCAUAUUAACUAUUAUACCUGAUCAUCAUCAAUUUACAGUGGCAGCUGUAAUUAAUUGUGUAUAUCUAACAGAGUAAUCUAAUUGUUUCACCUCAGCAAUUACUUCUUUUUUAGGAGGGAAACACCUCAAGUUUUUCAAGUUGUCCUUAUCUCAUUCCCUGUAAUUAAAUUCUGUAUAUGUAUAUACAUUUUACAUCUA